AGGGGAAUCCCCUACCAUGUAUGCAAGGAAUUUUGUUAUUACUUCGUUAGCGAAUUAGCGUUUCGAAUUAUGUUCGAAAUGUGGUGAAUUAUCGGUCAAAUACUAAAGGAAUGAGCACAAUUUUGUUCUAUACUCGUGCGUUGAUAAUUGGGGCAACGAAAAGUCAAGGUGUUUUCGGAAAAACUGGCUCUUUAGUCGCAAAUAUUUCAAGUAACAGAGGAAUUAUAAGCAUUGUUCCACGAACAAACCAACCACAGAAACUUUUAAAAAUGCAAGAAGAAGAGAAUUCUUUACUGGAAGAAGCAAGAAAAGUUGUUCCUGCUUUAUCGUUUGGGAAACACAAAGGACAAGCUGGUCGUGUUGGGGUUAUUGGUGGCAGUGAAGAAUAUACCGGCGCUCCGUACUUUGCUGCUAUCAGUGCAAUGAAAGCAGGUGCCGACCUUGCUCAUGUGUUUUGUUCCAAAUCAGCUUCUACAGUCAUUAAAUCUUACAGUCCAGAACUAAUAGUUCAUCCUUUACUAGACGUACCUAAUGCUGUCACAUUAUUGGAUGAAUGGUUGCCAAGAAUACACUCGCAUGUGAUUGGUCCAGGUCUGGGCAGAGUGGAUGCAACACUUAACACAGUGAAAGAAAUUUUAAUUAAACUGAAAAAACAAGAAAUUCCAAUAGUUAUAGACGCUGACGGGUUGUUUCUGAUCACAAGAGACCCAAGCAUAAUACAUGGAUACACAAAAGCUAUUCUUACACCUAAUGUUGUGGAGUUUCAAAGAUUAUCAAAAGCUAUGAACUUAAAUUGGGAAAGUAAGGACUUGAACGGAUCGAUCAUGGAAACUGUGGAUUUAAGUAAAGCAUUGGGAGGUGUAACUAUUGUUAGGAAGGGUGAGGUUGACAUUGUCGCGGCAGGAGAUGAAGUUGUAACGAUGGAUGAGAUAGGCAGUCCACGUAGAUGUGGAGGGCAGGGAGAUCUUUUAUCAGGAGUUAUGGCUUUGUUUUCAUAUUGGACACACAACAGUACCUGCACCCCUCCACCCACCUUACUUGCUGGUUAUGCUGCUUGUUUCCUCACGAAACGCUGCGCAAAUCAAGCGUUUCAAAAACAUGGUCGCUCCACAGCUACAACUGACUUGAUUUCAGAAAUAAAUUCAGUUUUCGUGAAUAAUUUCGAGAACCCAACAGAUCCUAAAUCAUAGUUCGACAAAGGAUUAAAAAAUAAAAUUUUUGUAGGAAAUUCAAGGCUCAUUUCAAACGUCACCCACCAGAUUUUUUUCUGAAACUGAUUUAUUAUUUGUAGUACGGUUGUGAUAAACUGUUAUCCCAGAUUGCAAAACAUUUGUUUGCAUUGUUAUCCGAACUCAUAACCACGAAAGCUCUGGUUUAGGAAUAAUUACACUGUGUGUUAAUUUAUAUUUAUUUUUAAUCAUUUUUCAGUUGACUUUAUGCUGUAAAGUUUUAACCAGGGACCACGGUCUAAUAUAGACAUCUCUAGUAGGCUAUGCUGGGACCUAUAUUCUGCCUAAUAUAUAUUAGAAUCAUAUAAACAAUGCACAGCAUUGAACUGCCACACACAUUAGUUAACAGUGUAUGUUUCAUGUGUAUCGAGGUUUUACAUCACUACAAUGCUAUACUGUCUUCAUCGUUUUAAUAAUAUCACUUUCAUGCUCGCAGAGUUAAAAAUAAACGUAUAUUACCUAA